GCGCUUCCACUGUCUCAGUUAAGCACCGGUCGCCAGCCGAAACGGAUGAAAUCUAGCAGUCAAGCAUUUACAUAAAUAAAUUCGACCAAAAUGGGCAAGCUAGUGUUGUAUGGCGUGGAGCCAAGCCCACCGGUGCGCGCUUGUAAAAUGACCCUGGCAGCGUUGGGUCUACAAUACGAAUACAAAUUAGUCAAACUGCUUGAGGGCGAGCACAAAACGGCCGAGUAUUUACGAAAGAACCCGCAGCAUACGGUGCCACUGCUGGAGGACGAUGGCCAGUACAUCUGGGAUUCGCAUGCGAUAAUGGCAUAUCUGGUACGUCGCUAUGGUAAGGACGAUUCGCUUUAUCCCAAGGACUUCAUCAAACGUGCGCUGGUCGAUCAGCGGCUUCACUUCGAAACGGGUGUACUGUUUCAAGGCUGUUUACGUAACAUAGCUUUGCCGCUGUUCUAUGGCAAAGAGAUCGAAGUAGCACGUGCUAAAAUCGAUGCUAUUUAUGAAGCUUACGACUUUCUCGAGACCUUUCUGGGCGAACAACCCUACCUAUGUGGUCCAAGCAUAACGCUGGCCGACUUCAGUAACAUCUCAACCGUAACCAGUCUGCUUGACUUGGCGCCCAUCGAUGCGGCUAAGUAUCCGAAACUGAAAGCUUGGAUCGCUCGCAUGAGCCAGAUCCCCAACUAUAAUAAAUUAAACGGUUAUGGCGCUCAAAUGCUUGUCGAUAUGUUUAAGGAGAAAAUCCAAAGGAUUGUAUAAACGAAAUGUGUGGACUUACAUGAAAUUGUUGUGAUUUGAAGUGGAAUAAAUAAAUGAAUGUUAAGCGUGUAAA